GGCAAUGCUGUGCCCAUAGCAGAGGCUGAAUGAAUAGGGGAGAUGGGGAGAGAAAAGAAGAAGCUGGAAUGGAAUUGCUCUGCUGUUUCCUGGCAACUCUCCUGACGCAACAACAAAAAAAGUCAUCACAUAAGGAAUAAGGGGGGAAAGCAAAUUCUGGGAAGAGACAGAGAAGCCCGGAGCAGAGGGAGAGAAUUCAGAUCUGGACAGUUAUAAUAACCUGGAGCCUGGGAGGGACCUGCAGCAUCUUGUGAAUAGAAAACCUACAGGAGGGAGAAGAGGGUGAAGCAACUGGAUGUGCCCCGUGUAAUGACAACCCUGAUGCCUCCAUGGCCGGCACAAUAGAUAUGCCGCACUCUGCAAUCAAACAGAUGAGUCAACGCAAGUAAAUUUUAGGUUAACUGGAGGCCGUUUCAUGAAAAGGAGAGGAACGAGGGGUGCAAAAUGAACUAAAGCACUUGUAUUUUAUCAUUCCCUGGUGCCGAGCUCCCAACCAGCAACAUGUCCUUACCAAAUAUACAAAUUGAGGAUGUUGACAAUGAAACUGAUACCACUUUAGUGCCGCCUCCUCAUGAUGACCACCUUAAAAGCCUAAAGGCCCUAACAGAGAAGCUGAGAUUGGAGACUAGGAGACCUUCUUAUAUAGAAUGGAGAGCAAAGCUUGAAGACCAAACAUGGAAAAGCCCAAAGCCACCACCAGAAGAACCACCACAGGUGAACCAGCAGCCAAGAGAUGGAGAGGAACCUUUUACUCAGAACAUAGAACGGGUCCAGCUGGACUCAAGUGUUCCAAAGGAGACUGAUAUUGGUUCCAGGAAAAUAAAUGGGUUUGAUAAUAUUGAUGAAGCUCUAAACUGGCUACGGAAGGAACUGACAGAGAUGCGGCUACAGGACCAGCAACUGGCGAGGCAACUCAUGCGACUGCGCAGCGACAUCAACAAACUGAAGAUCGAGCAGACGUGUCACCUGCACCGGCGCAUGCUGAACGACGCAACCUACGAAAUGGAGGAGAGGGACGAGCUGUCCGACCUGCUGUGUGAUUUCCCCCUCAUGUCUCCUUUCAGCCUCUCCACCCCCCUAAAACUUAUUGGGGUCACCAAAAUGAACAUCAACUCUAGGAGGUUCUCCCUGUGUUAGACCCCCCGCCCAGCAGCAUCGCCUGCAUCAAAGAGCACAAAACCGCAACAAUUUUCUAAAUGGACCUUUAUUAGGAUAUUGCCUGUUGUUGUUGCCUUAUUUCAGAACCAGUUAUAGACACGACCCAAAUGCCUGUACCAGGUUAUAUCAUAGAACUGAGCCCCAGUCAGGACAAGUUAUAGAAACUGCUCAGAUCAGUUCAUUAUUAAAGCGACAGCAGAUUACAGAUAAGGGCACUGCAAUGGGGACCAAUAGGGCCCCAACCCACCAAACCUAAUGGUAGGACUUUAAAGGAACCAGUUGGACCCAUCCGCCUAUAGAGGAGCUUUCACAUGUUGUGUCGCAGGUAGAGUUUGUGAUUGGCUCAGCUAAUAUGUGAAAUGUGGCUGUUGUAAUGCUCUGAUUGGCUGCUGCUUCCUCCCUCCUUUGCCUACCAAUUCCUUCUAGCCUUGCCGUCUACAGUACUGAGUACUGACCAAUAAAAAGCAAUUACGAUCAAUUAAAUUACACUGAAAGUCCCUAUAAAUAUAAGGUUAAAGGGGUGUUUCACCUUUGAGUUAACUUUUAGUAUGUUAUAAAAUGGCCAAAUCUUGCCAACUGUUCAA